AUGGAGGAUGAGCCAGAAGUUGUUCAAGAAGAUGGCGGAGGCCGAGGACCACGACCCCGCGGCCCAGUGACUGGUGGCUGGGGAUUCGAUGAUGGGGCGCAAGGUGGACCAAGAAUGAGUGCAGAACCCCCAUCUCCACCCCAGAGAGGCCACAAGGGUCACUUUGAAGAAGAUGAUGAAGCCGUUCCAACAAUCCCAGAUUUGGAGGAAGAAGCUGAGGAAGACAUUACAAGGCAGGUUGCAGCUCCUCCCGUUGCAGCUCCGUCAUUAGCACCCCCUGUGCGCACCGUGCGGGAGCUGGAUGGUGCAUUGAACAGUCGUGGCACCCAGCUGCCCACAAGCCCAGAGGAAGGUGUAGAUUUGGCACCGUUGAUGCAGUGCUUGUGCUCAGAUCGCCAGGUCUUUGAGCAGGACAGCACUUGGGACCAUGAGCUUAUCUUCCAGGAAGUAGCAAGUGCCAUCAAUCAAGAUAUGACAGGAGAUGAAGAGGCCGAUGAGCUGGAUCUUCAAAGGUGA